AUGGAAGCAACUCCUUCAUCACGUAGACCUUUCAUAGCCCUUGGGUGUUCAUUGUCCCUUGGAAUAGCACAAAACUCCAUAGGAUUAACUGCUUACAUGGUUAAUGGUAAUUGGAGAGUUCUUCAAUUUAUAAGUGGCGCAUUAUGCCUACUAUACAUACCGCAUUUUUGGUUUUUAGAAGAGUCUGUUCGUUGGCUUUUACAGGGCUAUGAAAUUAGCAAAGUGAAAGACAUUUUAAAUAAAGCUGACGCAAUUAAUGGAAAGAUAUUGACCGAAGAAAUGAAUGAUGCUAGUUGCAUUUCGUUGGUAGUUGAGGUGGAACGACAAUCGGUAUUAACACUGUUCAAGACACCUGUUAUCCGACAACGGAUUAUAAUUAUAUCAUUAUGUUGGUUCGCAGUGGGAUUGGCGUACUAUGGUAUAUCUCUGAACUCCAACUUUUUUGCUAAGAAUCCUUACAUCAUUUUCAUGUUUACUGCUGCAGUUGAAUUACCUGCUGCGUUACUGAACUGGUGGUUACUGCAACAUUACCCGCGUCGGUUGACACAAAGUAUAUCACUGGCGCUUUCCGGAGCAGUUCUACUGAUUGGUGGCAUCUCUGGUAUCGAUUGGUUACGUAUCUGUUCAGUAGUGCUUUCAAAGUUUUUCGCUAAACUCAGCAUUGGUACAGUUUAUAUUUAUACCGCCGAACUGUUUCCUACACCAGUCAGGAGUGCCGCUGUUGGGAUUGGUCAAGUAUUCAGUUUAAUUGGUGCGAUUAUCGUACCUUUUAUUAUGCUUUUAGAUUAUGCAUGGUACCUCGCACCAAUCGCAAUCAUGGGCGUUCCAUGUAUUAUAUCAGGGCUGCUAAUUCGUUUGUAUCUUCCCGAUACAAAGAACAAACCCUCACCUGAUACAGUUGAAGAAAUAGAGCACCCAUACAAGGAAUUUAAAUCCUCAAAAUGUGAUGAAGAGGACUUGUAUCUCAUGAAGGAUGUGAAACAAGAAUAUAACAAUUAA